AUGUCGUCCAGACCCAAUACUCCAAGCCAUCGCCGGCGGGAAUCGAAUCGAAAGUCACAUAGAUCUUCUGGUCUUCACCUAAUACUCCCACCGUCACCUAAUGUCCAUUACCCCAUCACAGAGAGCAGUCCUCCAUUGGAGUCAGAUAGAAAUAUAGAAAGGCUAGAGAACUUGGCCGACUCAAUUGGUCAACUCAAGAACAACAUGACAGAGCUUUCGAAGAUUCACGAGGCUGUCAAUUCCGGUUUCAACGAGCCGUUCGCAGGCUUUCUUUAUGGCUUGUUUCUAACGAUGUUCUGCAACAGUUUCCCAGGAUGCCCAACCUAUGAGCAAUUCGAAAGUAUUCUUGUCUCGCGUGACAACGAGCAAAAGGUUCGUGAUUUACAGCAGCGUGUUAAUGAAGCCAAACAGGAGAACGUCAGACUCCAGCGUGAACUAGCUCAGACGAGACCGCAAAGAUCAACCAUUGCUAGUGGAAGCGAGCUGGCUCGUACACCAUAUUCUAAAGCAAGACUUCAGCGGUCGAGCCUUCGUAAGGGCUUAUACCCAACGCCGACGAAGAAGAGAGUGACGGUCGCCCAGGAUGAUACCACCACUUCGGAGUCGUUCGUUGAUACUCCGGCCAAUAAAACCACUGCAUCGUCUAAGAUUCCACAACCGCUGCUGCAAGUCGGAACAGGACCUAAUCUUAAUCAGCCUUCUCGUUACAUGAGAGGUCUUUUUGAUAAGACACCGUCAGCCAACAUAGUCGGCACAUCUAGGCGACAAGGCGAGAAGACGCCCACCAACACGGCGGCCAAACCGUCUAGAAGGAAACCCAUCCCAAAGCAAAGACCGCCGUUCCGCUGA